UCCAAGGACCAAUUGUUGCGGCCAGCAAUUCAGCAGCUGAACCAGAGGUCGACCCAACACCCUACUCAACCAGCCAAGGCGCCAACCAGGACAUACGUGCACUAAAAAUGCCAUAUAUUACAAACCAGGAGGGUUUAAAUCACGGGGAUAAUUUUUAUGGAUUCUACACUCAAGAAGGAGUCCAGACCAAUUGGAAUCUGCCCAAAAUAUUCAGGGAGCAAGAAGUUAUGAAUUUUACAAUUCAGAGGUUUCUCAGCCCGUCCAUCUGCGAUUAUGCGACUUUAGAAGAGGAUUCAAGCCCAAAGAAGAAGCGGCCUGAACCAAAACCGAUCAUAGGAGUCAAGAGGAGUUUAUUAGCUUUCCAGAAAGCCCAAGAUCUCGAGAAAUGGUCAAUGAAAUUGGAAGAUAUGAUCAAUUUCCCAAAACCGGCCAAACCAGCUCUUCACUUGCCUUAUUUGGAAGAUCCGGGUUUCACAUCGAACCAACCUCAAGAAUGGCAACCAGGAGACCUUCUAAGUCAUUCAGAGGAACUCUACAACAUCAUAGGAAGCACCAUGCCACACUGGAUCAGGCGGAUCCCAAUCAAACCAAAAGAUCAAGCCGGUUUGCAUCAAUUGGCCAAACCGACAUCAUUUAAGGAAAGUCUUCAACCAAUUCAACUUGGUUCGACCCAGGGCUAUCUAUGGGAACCAGGAGAUACUCUAGACCAUUCAGAAGACAUCCAAGACGUUCUCAGCUGGACCAGCACCCAGGAGAUCAGGCGGAUCUCUCUUCCCAUCAACCUUCCAUAUUUGGCAACAUCUACACUAAAUGCUUUGGAGAAGUUUCUACAGAUUUUUGCCCAAGACCAACGGCCAUAUUCUCUUUUACUGAGGCCAAGGAGUAUUUUAGGAAGGCUUGAAGAUCAUGGCCACGUCCAGAAGCUAUCAAGAUACAAGUCUUCACAAGUUUCUCUUUUGGAAGGAAGCAAAUCAAGCCUAACGGCUAUAUUCCAUGGAGUCAUCAAAGCCUUUGCUCCCAAGACUUUAAGUUCAAGUUAUUUUGUUUCCUUUUAUCAUUUUAUGACUGUUAGAGUCUGUCCUUGUCGAGCCUAUAAAGCUCUAGUCUUUGCUUCAUUGUAAAUCACCCAUUUUUGAAAGUAAUAAGAAUUAUUCAGUUUUCUAGUUU